AUGGCGGACACGGUGUCCAGCGGCUCGGGCACGAGAUCAGGAAGCAAACACUCAACAACCCCGGCAGAUAACUAUUACUUGGCUCGGAGAAGGACUCUGCAGGUUGUGGUCAGCUCCUUGCUGACAGAGGCUGGGUUUGAGAGUGCCGAAAAGGCAGCAGUGGAAACCCUGACGGAGAUGUUACAGAGCUAUGUGUCAGAAAUCGGAAGGAGUGCCAAGUCCUACUGUGAGCACACAGCAAGAACUCAGCCAACCCUUUCGGAUAUUGUUGUUACCUUAGUCGAAAUGGGGUUCAAUGUAGAAACUCUCCCUGCAUAUGCCAAGCGCUCCCAGCGGAUGGUCAUCACUGCACCGCCUGUAACAAAUCAGCCCGUGACUCCCAAAGCUCUGACGGCUGGACAGAACAAACCCCAUCCAUCCCACAUCCCUGGCCAUUUUCCUGAGUUCCCGGAUCCUCACACCUACAUCAAAACUCCGACGUACCGGGAGCCAGUUUCAGAUUACCAGAUACUACGGGAAAAAGCAGCGUCGCAGAGGCGUGAUGUGGAAAGAGCUCUGACUCGCUUCAUGGCAAAGACGGGAGAGACGCAGAGUCUCUUCAAGGAUGAUGUCAGCACGUUCCCAUUGAUUGCUGCCAGGCCUUUCACAAUACCAUACCUGACUGCACUUCUCCCCUCUGAGCUGGAGAUGCAGCAGAUGGAGGAAACAGAUUCAUCCGAGCAAGAUGACCAGACGGACACGGAAAACCUACCCCUCCACAUGAGCACGGAUGAUUCGGGAGCUGAGAAAGAGAAUGCUUCAGUGCUACAGCAAAACGCAUCCCUGUCCGGCAGCCGCAAUGGAGAGGAGAGCCUAAUAGACAAUCCCUACCUCCGGCCAGUGAAAAAACCCAAGAUCCGCAGGAAGAAGUGA